AUGCACACCUUGCCCCCCCCCCCAAAUGACGCCACUGAAUUAGGCUUUCAAGAUUUUGUAAAUUUGCAAUUAUUGGCAACGACGUUAGUAAAAAAUAAAAACUAUUAUUUGAGUAAUGAAAAAUUGAAUUGGCUUAAAGUGAAAAGUUUUGAGUUUAGAAAAGAUAGUCCUUUUAUAGUUGGUUACAAAUACGACUAUUUUGAUGAGUAUAAAUAUAUUGAUGUAAGAAGUACAAAAGGCAGUAGGAGAAGUGGAGGAAAUAUUUCUAUGGAUGACAUUGUUUUAAAACAGCUUUAUACUAAAGCUUUACCAAUUAGUGUCGAAAAAAAAAAAGAUUUAAUAAACCUUUGUAAUAAAAAUGUGAUACCAAGUAUAUAUCACAAUUUUUUUUUUAACUUGCCUAGUUUGUCUAAUAAAAGAGCUGAUAAUAUUAUAGCUGAGGCAGAUACUGACGAUAAAGAUGAAAAUGAAUAA